AUGGGGUAUCCGAUGCCCCUCGUGGGCCGCAGCCUCGCGAUCUUUGAUGUUGUAAUUGUGAUGAUGAUUAUUUCCAUUGUGACUGUCUCAUUGAGAGCUUUUGUUCGAUUGUACCUUGUUCAAGCGUUUGGAUGGGACGAUGGCCUGAUGGUGGUAGCUCUGGCCUUGUUCGUAACUCUGACCGCAUUUUGCAUGAUCGGCUCGACAAAUGGGAUUGGGCACUCUAUUCUGGACUUCCCCAGUCUUGAAGUCUAUAAGAAGGCACUACUGGUUAGUUAUGAAUUGAAAUAUUAUCUUGAGUACUGGCUAAUCGCAUCUGUGCUCGCUCAGUGGUGGUGGCUCGGUCAAAUGCUCUACCUAUGGGCAUCUGCCGUUGCUAAGAUAUCGAUAACCAUCGCACUGCUACGAUUGACAGUAAAGAGAGUCCACCGCAUUAUUCUCUGGGCUAAUGUCGGCAUAGUCAUAUCCAUCGGUCUGAUGUUUUGGCUUGUCUUACUUCUCGAUUGCCAUCCUAUUUCGUACUUUUGGAAUCGAGUGGACCCGAGAUAUUCAGGAACUUGCUUACCAGUGCAAAUACUUCUCGACAUUGCAUACCUUUACAGCGCUCUGACUAUCAUCUGCGACUUAACCCUCGGGGUUUUGCCCAUUUUCUUGGUAUGGACGUUGCAAAUGAACCGCAGAACAAAAAUUGCGGUUGGAGGAAUUCUUAGCCUCGGAGCCAUUGCCAGUGUCGCUGUGAUUAUACGACUCCCCUUUCUACAUUAUUACGCCGAUACCGAUUUUCUGAGCAAAACAUAUCAAAUCGCCGUCUGGUCAGUGAUCGAAACUGGCCUCGGGAUCACGGCAGGAAGUUUGGUCACCCUUCGUCCACUAUUUCGCUGGCUCCUCGACGGAAGUGUCGCUUAUGGGCGGAGAGCAGCUAGCCAGGGAAAAUAUCCACUGUCCAGCCUGAGGAGUGAUCAACUGAAAGGCUCUCGUGACCCGGGUUACUGGAGGCCCGAUUUGAACGCAAAUGACAACAAAGCGGUCGUGAAUACAGUAUCAUCGCCACGAUUGGAUUCAUUCCGCUAUACUAAUAGCAGUCAGGAGGCUUUGUAUCCUGAGCUCACGCCAGCCCUCUCGAAGAGCGGUGUCACUGUUCAGAAAACAUUUGUACAAACUGUUUCGGAGCGGCAAGAAUAG